CUAAUUCGAGCCUUAAUUGCGUUUUACUCAUCGCCGGAAAAAAAGGGUUGCUGAAAAAGGAAAAGCUUUUCAGACUUUGGCCUUUCCAUUCAAGAAAAUGCCAGACAAUGGCAAGAAAGCAAUAUAAGGGGAAAAAAAAGCUUUCUUUUUUCCCUCUCCUUUCUCUCUCUCUCAAAACCCGAACUAUUUGCUUGUUGUUAUUCCUCUCUCUAAAGCCCCAUCUUUGAGACUUUGACCAUUUUUUUUAAUUUUUUUUUUUAAUUUUCUCUGCUCUCUCUCUCAUCCGUCAACGGAAGAAACUGAAAGAAAAAGAGUUGCAGUAGGUAGAGAGAGAGAGAGAGAGAGAGAGAAAAGGAAGACAGUUCUGGUACUACUUUUUCAAGAACAAGAACCAAAUCAGAGCUUCUGAUUCAUUCUCAUUUCUCAAAGAUACACACGCAGGCAAUCACGCUCGCAUCUGUGUGUGUAUAUAUACAUCAUUAUCUACACGCAUACACACAAACACUUGUGUAUGAAUGUGACGGAGGGCGGAGAAUUUUGAAGGUGGGAUGAGAAUGGUGGCGCGGCAGUGGCGGAGAGUGGCGGCGCCGUGUUUAGCGGCGGUGGUGUUUUUGUUGCUGGUUGACUCUACAUUUCAACAGUUGGUGUUGAAUUCAAGGGCGGAGAGAUUGGCUUUGCUGCAAUUGAGAUCAUCUUUAGGGCUGAGGGCUAAAGAGUGGCCUAUAAAGGCUGACCCUUGCUUGGGAUGGGUUGGGGUGAAUUGUAUGAAUGGUAGAGUGGUUGGGAUCAACAUCUCCGGGUUUAAGCGGACCCGAAUUGGAAGUCAAAACCCUCGAUUUUCUGUGGAUGCUUUGCAGAAUUUUACUCGCUUGAUAUCUUUUAAUGCCUCAUUUUUCAUGCUUCCAGGGUCUAUUCCUGGGUGGUUUGGGCUUAGGAUGAGUUCUCUUCAAGUUCUUGAUCUUACUUCUUGUUCAAUUAGAGGCUCUUUACCCACCUCCCUUGGGAAUUUGAGUAGUUUAACUCAGCUUCAUUUGUCACACAAUGGGCUCACUGGGGUGAUUCCUUCAAGUUUGGGGCAAUUAUCCAGCCUUUCUGUUCUUAACCUUUCACAUAAUGCGUUUAAUGGGUCGAUUCCCCAGUCGUUUGGGUUUCUUCGGAGCCUUACUUUGCUUGACAUGUCUGUGAAUUCCUUGUUUGGGUCUAUUCCUCCAGGCAUUGGGACUUUGUCUAGGUUGAAAUUCUUGAAUCUGUCUGGGAAUAGUUUGUCUUCUUCAAUACCUCCCCAAAUUGGUGAUCUUUCUAGUCUGACUGAUCUUGAUCUCAGCUUCAAUUCUCUGUCUGGGAAUGUGCCCCCGGAUUUAAGCGGCUUAAGGAGCUUGCGGAGAUUGGUUAUAGAGAACAAUAUGCUGUCUGGGUUGUUGCCUGCUAAUUUAUUUGCUCCGCUAACUCAGUUGCAGUUCUUGGUGUUGGGUCAUAAUAAUUUCACUGGUGCUUUUCCUGAUGCGUUGUGGUCAAUGCCUGCAUUGCAGUUUCUUGAUGCCUCUGCGAAUAAUUUCACAGGCAGUCUGCCUAAUCUCACUUCAAAUGCUAAUGCUACCACUGCUGUGUUUAACCUUUCCCAGAAUACAUUUUAUGGAUAUCUUACCACUGUGAUUCUGAGGUUCAGUUUUGUUGAUCUAUCUGGUAACUAUUUCGAAGGUAAAGUUCCCGAUUAUGUGCAUAGCAAUGUGUCUCUAAGCAGAAACUGCUUCCAAAAUGUGACAAGUCAAAGGGAUUUCGGUGAAUGUGAUUCGUUCUACAGUGGGAGGGGCCUGAAAUUCGAUUCUGGGCAGCCAAAUGCCACUGAGCCUUCUCCUCCUCCUUCAAGAUCGAAAAAGAGCCACAGAAAUGUAAUUAUUUUGGCGGCCGUGCUGGGUGGUGUUGUAUUAAUUGCCCUCAUAGGAAUUUUACUGCUGCUGAUGAUGAUAUGCACGCGCAAGAGGAAUACGACAAAUCAAAGAGGCACUGGUGUGGGACCCGUUCCUACAGGCUCAAGCCCUCCUCCUCCCGGACUAUCCUUGAACUUGUCGAGUUUGGGAGAUUCAUUUACAUAUCAGCAGAUUCUUCAAGCCACCAGUGAUUUCAACGAUGAAAACUUCAUUAAGCAUGGACAUUCUGGCGAUCUCUUCCGAGGCUUGUUAGAAGGUGGAAUCCCUGUAGUCAUCAAAAGAAUCGAUUUGCAGUCAGUGAAGAAGGAGACAUACAUGUUAGAGAUGGAUUUUUUCAGCAAGGUUUCUCAUCCCAGAAUAGUCCCCCUUUUAGGCCAUUGCUUGGAGAACGAGAAUCAGAAGUUUCUGGUUUACAAAUAUAUGCCGAAUGGAGACCUAUCAAGUUCCCUAUUUAAGAAAAAUGAUUCGGAUGAUGACAGUUUACAGUCACUGGAUUGGAUAACAAGGCUGAAAAUUGCAAUUGGAGCUGCUGAAGUCCUGUCUUAUCUACAUCAUGAAUGUACACCGCCCCUUGUGCACAGAGAUGUUCAAUCCAGUAGCGUACUCCUUGAUGAUAAAUUUGAAGUGCGGUUAGGGAGCCUAAGUGAAGUUUGUACACAAGAAGCAGAUACUCAUCACAAUAGGAUUUCCAGAUUGCUGCGGCUACAACAAACAUCAGAUCAAUCCUCUUCAGGAUCACAUUCGACAACAUGUACCUAUGAUGUGUAUUGUUUUGGGAAAGUCCUGCUUGAACUGGUAACUGGCAGGCUAGGUUUCAGCGCAUCAGAUGAUUCGAGUAUGAAGGAAUGGUUGGACCGGACAUUGCCAUACAUCAGUAUAUACGAUAAAGAGUUGGUGACGAAAAUUGUGGAUCCUUCUCUGAUAAUAGACGAGGAUCUAUUGGAGGAAGUAUGGGCAAUGGCUAUCGUCGCCAGAUCUUGCCUCAAUCCCAAACCUUCGAGGCGGCCUUUAAUGAGAUAUAUCCUUAAAGCUUUGGAAAAUCCGUUGAAGGUUGUAAGGGAAGACCACACGGGGUCAGCGAGGCUUAAAGCAACCUCGUCUAGAGGGUCGUGGAAUGCGGCUCUGUUUGGCAGCUGGCGGCAGAGCUCUUCGGAUGUGGCAGCGGUACCAGUAGUCCCGAAGGCGGAAGGGACGAGUGGGUUCAAACACUCGGGAACUUCGGGCUCACAGGGAAGCGGUCAAAUUGGCGAGGGAGGUAAUUCGUCUUCAACGAGGCGGUCUAAGGAGAUAUUCCCCGAACCGAUGGACGUGCAGGAUGUAGUGGUGAGACCAACCGAAUGAGAUUUGAUGAUUGUCCUCGAUUCAUUGUUAAUAACACAGCAAGCUCCUCAUUUUGGGAGCUUAGCUCAUUGCUACCCUGUACAUUCUCGUCUUCAAUUUUUGUGGCGCUAAAUUUCUAGGGUUUUUUUUGGGGGGAAUGCGGAGGGAGGGAGGGAGAUUGCUUGUUUUUCUAUACAUUAACAUCAAAUUUUUGUUGGAUUCGAAAGGCUUUCAUGGGAAAGAAGUAAGACAGCGCAGGGGUAAUGGUGUUCUUUAUUGGCUGCUGUUCAGCACUGCUAUUAUGAUUAUUAUUAUUUUGUUUCUUGUAGUUGAUGUUCUUUUACUGCUUCAUUCAUGGAAUGUAUAUUAUAGGAAACAAACAGCAGAAAGAUCAUAUUGGUUUUUUUUCUUUUUAAAUUUCUUGAUAGACUGAAUUCAGAGAAUUGAGAUUGGAGAUUUUCCCA